UGGCUCAAGCUCACCGGAGCAAGGUAUUUUUGUUUCAAGCGCACGUAGCUCAGAUCUCAUCGGUCACGCUCCGAAUUGUUGAUUUCGCAGAAUGAUGAAAGUGGUCACCUUCGCGUUAUUGCCUGGCAUUGAUGCUCUCAGCGGAUCGCUGAGAGGUCAUGUUUCGCUUAUCAGUGCCUCUGGCUGUAAUUCGUGUGGGUCUUGCUUGUGGUCAACGGGCACCUGCCAUGAAACAACGGAGUCUUAUUGCAAUGCAUGGACAACGAACACCUGGUGUGGCGGCGGUUCGGUCACGGAGCCAGUGCUAACGUCUACGCAAAUACCAACGCUGGCGCCCACGUCGACGUCGACGACCUCGCUUGCGCCCACUUCGGCACCGACGAUGUCCACUACGGCACCAACGCCAGCACCGACGUCGACGUCCAGUUGCAGCGGGGAGCCCUGCGUCGAUGCUUCUCAGUGCCGAUCGAAGUGGGGCUCUUGCGGCGCUUCCGCCGCUUACUGCAACGAGGAGUCGACCUGGAAGGCAGCUGGCUGCUCUGGAGGGUCCACGCCCACGUCUUCCUCCAGUGCGUCGACGUCCGCGCAGAGCAGCACUACAGUGGCACCAACCACGACCACUGCAGCCCCGACGCCGGCACCCACGUCGACUACCUCACCUGCGCCCACACCGUCGCCAACCACGGCCACUGCGUUCUCGACGCCAGCACCCACCUCGACGUCCAGUUGCAGCGGGGAGCCCUGCGACGACGCCUCGCACUGCCGAUCGGAGUUCGGUUGGUGCGGCCUCUCUGCCUCUCACUGCAACGCGCAGUCGACCUGGAGCGCAGCGGGCUGCUCUGGAGAAGGGUCCACCACCGCGCCGCCCGCGUCCACGUCCUUCUCCAGUGUGUCGACGUCCGCGCAGAGCAGCCCGACGCCGGCACCAUCUCCGGGUGCUGGUGGCAAUGGGAUCGGGGCGUGGUUCACGCAGGCCGAUUUCGACGCCUUCUUUCCGAACAUCAACAAUGCCGCUUGCACGGGAGCGAACUUCUUCACGUACGCCGCGCUGGUGCAGGCGGCUUCGGCGUUCCCCAGUUUUGCCAAUUCGGGCGACGUCGCGGAGGAUAAGCUGGAGCUUGCCGCAUUCUUGGGACAGACGAGCCACGAAACGACAGGGGGAUGGGCAACGGCCCCAGGCGGGCCCCAGGCGUGGGGCUACUGCUUCAAGGAGGAGCGAGGAUGCGAGACCGGCUCUUGCACGGGCUACUGUGCCGCCGGCAAUCCGUGCCAAGGCCAAGGAUUCGACUGCAUCUGUGCGGCUGGGCAGACGUAUCAGGGCCGCGGGCCCGUACAGCUCAGCUGGAAUUACAACUACGGUGCGUUCAGCGAGUACAUGUUCGGCGACGCCUCCGUGCUCAUCAACGACCCAUCCCAGGUGGCCACAAACGCCACGCUCGCAUACCAGGCUGGGCUCUGGUUCUGGAUGACCCCGCAGUCGCCCAAGCCGUCGUGUCACGACGCCAUGACCGGCCUGUGGCAGCCUACCGCGGCAGACAGAUCAGUUGGGCGCGUUCCAGGCUACGGUAUGACGACCAAUAUCAUCAAUGGCGGCCUCGAGUGCAACAUGGCCACCAACUCGAAGGUCAUCGACAGAGUGGAGUAUUUCAGGCGCUACGCCAGCCUCUUGCACGUUGCCGUGGACCAGGCCACCCUCUAUUGCGACCAGAUGCAGAGCUACCGGUGAGGUGCGCCUCCGCAAAGUCAGGCUACAGUACCUUACAGAACGCCUGCCGCAGCGGAUCCCUCAGUGGCUCCUGCUGUCCCCCGCCCGUGCGGAGCGGAAGACUCUGCAAGUGCCGCCGCGUUCUUUCACGAAUGCCGCGCAGUGCGGCGCCCGACGCACCUGGGGCAUUUCCUCUUGCCAUCCGAGCUGAGAUUCGAACGCCCCAGUGAUGCCAGCGCGCCGGCCAGGAAAAAAAACGAAGUCGCCUGAGAGGGAUCUUUAGUGCAGGUCCUUCAGAGCGGAAUCGUGAGCAAGCGCACAAGUUGUGAAGAACAGUUUUAGCACGGAUCCGCUUUUGCACAGGAUCCUGAUGAAAGCGUGCUCCUCCCCAGUAAGGAUCUCGUAACACAAUUCCCGAAGCAUUCCUUACUAGGCAUGCCAGAGAUUAGGAUCGCUAGGUAGGAACGCCUUCAUGACUUGCUCCUUCAGCAAGG